AUGUUACGAAUCUCCGGAAGAACUCGGCCUAUCCAUCGGACCCUGGCCUCGUUUGGUACUCCAAUAAUUAAGGAGAUUAACCGACUUCUCAUAGCAAAUCGUGGUGAGAUUGCGAUUCGAGUAAUGAAGACUGCAAGAAAAAUGGGUAUCGAAUCGGUGGCAGUGUUCUCCGACGUUGACAGGAAUGCGCUCUUCGUCAAGAAGGCUGACAAGUUAGGACCGGCAGCUGCGGCACAAAGUUAUUUGAAUAUCGAUAGAAUAAUUGACACUGCUAUCAAAUCCGAUGCUCAGGCUAUUCAUCCAGGCUACGGUUUUCUAUCUGAAAAUGCGAAAUUCGCCGAACAAUGCGCUGAAGCUGGUCUGGUGUUUAUUGGUCCUCCGGUUCGAGCUAUCCGUGAUAUGGGCACUAAAAGUCUCGCUAAACGGAUUAUGCAAGAUGCUAAGGUUCCUGUGGUCGAGGGUUUCCACGGUUCUGAUCAGUCCGACGGUAAUCUUAAAGCGCAUGCAGAGAGGAUUGGUUACCCCGUGAUGCUCAAAGCGGUUUAUGGAGGCGGUGGCAAAGAGUUCGACGAGAAAUUGGCAUCUGCGAGAAACGAGGCAAUGAAAUCAUUCGGAAACGACGAAAUGCUAGUUGAAAAGUUUGUUGAGAGGCCACGUCAUGUGGAAGUUCAGGUCUUUGGGGAUCAUCAUGGAAACUACGUUCAUUUAUGGGAACGUGAUUGCUCUGUUCAGCGGAGACAUCAGAAAAUCAUCGAGGAGGCUCCGGCUCCACUUAUCAGUACCGAUCUUGUUGAAUGGCAAUUGAAGGUUGCCCAGGGCGAAAUGUUACCUCUAAAACAAGAACAGAUACCUCUUAAUGGGCAUGCAUUUGAAUGUAGAGUUUAUACAGAAGACACAAAAGGAGGCACUUUUAUGCCAACGGCUGGGCGGUUAGACUACGUUUCGUUUCCGACAAACGCUCGGGUAGACACAGGUGUUGUAUCUGGAGAUGAGGUUUCAGUUCAUUAUGAUCCCUUGAUUGCAAAGGUUGUCGUUUGGGGUGCAAAUCGAGCAGUGGCAGCGGCCAAACUUGAUGCUGCCCUUUUAGGAACGCGUAUCAGUGGACUUCCUACCAACAUUCAGUUUGUCCGAACUAUUCUCGUGCAUCCUGAAUUCGCAAAGGGCAACGUCUACACUGACUUUAUACCAGAUUACCAAGCAGAGUUGUUUUCUGAAGUUCACCAAUCGGACGAAGAGUUAGCUGAAGGCGCCAUUGGUCUUGCUCUUCUCAGUCGUCCAGUUCAUCCUGUUGGCCCGUUCCAGCAAAUUCCCUUUUUCCGUCUUAAUCAUGCUGCCCAGCAGACUUAUAAAUUAGGAGAGAAAGAAGUCACAUUGUCUUUUCUGAGAAAUGACAACAUCGAAGUAUCUUUCGGUGAUCAGAAGAGAUGUGUGAAGCAUAGUGACGUUGUAAUGAAUGAGCAUAGUAUUCGAUAUACCUUAGAAAUGGAUGGCCGUCGUUGGAUUGCGGAAGUCAUUAGGCUUCCAAAUUCUGCGUUGAUAUGUGGCUCUGGUCAAGCGGAAUAUAGUACUUCGACCGUCAACUUCAUUGAAGAGAGUACUGCAGGCUCAGCUGGAAGCAUUCAACAUGUUCAAGCUCCAAUGCCUGGAAUUGUUGAGAAAGUUCUUGUAAAUGCCGGUGACGAAGGCUCCUACACACUGCAAGGUCGCCUCAGUAUUGUGUUCACCUGGGAAAAAUGUUAA